ACAAAUACUUCACACUAUUCUCACUACAACAAUCACACACUUUUUUCCACCAGUGAAGAUGAGCAAAGCCCCAUUUCUCUUCUUUUUUCUCUGCACCACUUUAUCCUUAUCCCAAUGCUUCACUCACGAGGACGAUGCCUCGCCGGAAACCGCUGUCGGCCUGGACCUUGGUGGGCUGAGCAGACGCACCUUCCCCAAGAAUUUUGUGUUCGGCACGGCGGCAUCCGCCUACCAGGUGGAGGGCAUGGCCAGCAAAGAUGGCCGUGGCCCGAGCAUUUGGGAUACUUUCAUCAAAACACCUGGACUCGAGCCAAACAAUGCCUCCGGGGAAGUGUCAGUGGACCAGUAUCACAAAUACAAGGAUGACCUUGAUCUUAUGGCAAAGCUAAACUUUGAUGCCUACAGGUUUUCAAUUUCAUGGUCCAGAAUAUUCCCAAAUGGAACCGGAAAAGUGAACAAGAAGGGAGUUGCUUACUACAAUAGGUUGAUCAAUUACAUGCUCAAAAAAGGCAUCACCCCAUAUCCCAAUCUCAAUCACUACGAUCUUCCUCAAGCGCUUCAAGAUCGAUAUAAAGGUUGGCUAGGCCGUGAAGUAGUGAAAGAUUUUGCGGAUUAUGCAGAGUUCUGUUUCAAGACAUUUGGGGACAGAGUAAAGAAUUGGCAGACGUUCAACGAGCCGAGAGUGGUGGCUGCACUUGGCUACGAUAACGGAUUCUUUGCCCCUGGGAGAUGCUCUAAAGCAUUCGGAAAUUGCACGGAGGGAGAUUCCUCCACUGAGCCUUACACUGUUGCUCACAAUCUCAUUCUAUCCCAUGCUGCUGCUGCUCAGCGAUAUCGCCAGAAAUAUCAGAAGAAGCAGAAGGGAAGAAUCGGGAUCCUGUUGGAUUUUGUUUGGUAUGAGCCUCUUACAAAAUCCAAAGCAGACAACUAUGCUGCUCAAAGGGCAAGAGACUUUCACAUUGGAUGGUUUAUGCAUCCUCUGGUGUACGGAGAGUACCCAAAAACAAUGCAGAAUAUAGUUGGGAAAAGGCUACCAAAGUUCACAAAAGACGAGGUCAAGAUGGUCAAAGGAUCGUUCGAUUUUGUGGGCAUAAACCAGUACACUGCAUACUACAUCUAUGAUGCUAAACAAGAAAAUCCCAAGAACUUGGGCUACCAGCAAGAUUGGAACUCUGGAUUUGCUUACGAUCGUCAUGGAGUGCCAAUCGGACCACGAGCACACUCGUAUUGGCUCUACAUUGUGCCAUGGGGUCUAUACAAAGCCGUCAACUACAUCAAAGAGCACUACGGGAACCCCACCAUGAUUUUGGCUGAAAAUGGUAUGGAUCAGCCAGGCGAACUAACACUCCCGGCGGUUUUGAACGACACAAUAAGGAUAAAUUACUACAAAAGCUAUUUAGUCGAACUAAAGAAGGCGAUAGACGAGGGAGCUAAUGUGGAAGGUUACUUCCAGUGGACAUUUGUCGAUAACUUCGAAUGGAGAUUGGGGUAUACUUCGAGGUUCGGGAUUGUGUACGUCGAUUUCAAGACCCUCAAGAGGUACCCUAAGUUUUCCGCUUACUGGUUCCAGAAGCUUCAACAGAGAAACAAGCAUUAACUAAUAAGCACCAAAAACAUCCUUGUACUAGCUACUUGUUUCUUUUUAGUGUUUCAGUUUUCGUUACUUGUCUUGAUAGGGAGUUGUUGCCCAUUAGGGGAACCAAUAAGCUUCAGCUGCAAAGUUGAAAAGGCAUUGUCUUUUUUAAUUUUUCUUUUUUGUUCUCCCUCUGUGCCUGCUGUUGUACCUGCCUGAUUCAGUUCAAUUGGGCACACUACAGUUUAAUUGGACUUUGUUUAAGAGUUUAUUACAAAAGGGUUCAAAGUUUAUUUCAAGCUC